AUGACUGUUACAUUCGACGAUCAGGUGGAGCGAUUCGCAGAUCUGUACUCAUCAAGCUGCUAUAAUUUGCUUCAUUAUCCGCAAUUUUACUUCUUCCGGGCACCGAUGACUCUGAUGCCGCACGAAAUCAACAUCGACAGAAGCUUGCACGACAAAGUUUCUAAUCAACAACCAAGUAAUGGUAUUUCUGUAGUACGUUCGGCGAUAUUCCUCUGUCCCAUCUAA